CUAGCACUAGAGAGCACACACACGCUGGACCUUGCACUGAGACUGAGACGUAGCAUGGAUUCUGUUUUCACUCUGAGAAUGUAGGAAAGGAGGUAUUUUGGUCAAAUACUUUGAUUGCUGGAGCAAACGGUGUUACGAUGAGAAGUCUGGUGGUUGCUUAAAAUUGCCUCCGCAAAUAGUCUUCAAAGGAACAACUAAGAGCAUUGAAGCUUUAUUAUCUUCAAUAGGUAAAAGUAGAACAGAAGGAUGGAUAUGGAGACAAGCACAAUUCCUCCAAAGCCCCCCAGGCUGGCAGUAGAUGAAGACAUACUUGCAUCCCAGGUACUAGAGAUCAUCGGUGGGAUCACUCGUGAAGCCCUGCAGACCCUGGAGGAACCAGAGGAAAAAGACGUGUGGUUAAUGGAGGAGGGAGAUGACUCUGUGUUCUACAGUGACGAGGACCAAGUUCAUCAGGACAUUACAACUUGUGGUUUUGGUGCCAACGGGUGCAAGCCUCUUGUCAACAGUGUGGCAGAUGUUGAGGAAGAGCCAGGGGAAGAAUACAUUACUGACAAAGAAAGUUCAGAGUUGAAGGAGGAAUUGAAUCAGCACGUCAUCGUGGAUGAACAAGAAGAGGAACGCCAAGAAGGCCAAACAGUAACAACUCAACCCAUGGAUCAGUCAGAUCCACAAACAGAGUCUGAUCUAACCUCAGAGAAGUCAGAGAGGCCCUGUGGAGAAUCUUCUAAGUGCACUAUUGCAGAGAUGCAAACCGAACAAAACACACCAGCUGAAAAAGUGAAUCUACCAGUUGAGAAAGAAGAAGUCACACCAAACCCUGAGCCCUCUGCUGUCACUAAUGAGCGGGGCUAUGACAGGCUGAAUGGGGAGGCAGACCUCCCACAGCAGAUGUCUAAUGCUGAUCUCCAGGUAUCAGGUGACAGGCCGCUUCAGGUGGAGCCAGAGCAGGAGCGCAACUUCCUCAUCCCUGGGGGGUUUCAUCAAAAGCUCAGUCCAGGCUACUCCACUCUGCCCCUGCCGAAGAAAUCGUGCAGCAGCGACGGCGACCAGAAAUCCUUCAGCCACCUCACUUCCUCUAAAUACGGCACCGUGUCCUACCGCAAGAUCCGCAGAGGAAACACCCGCCAGAAGAUAGAUGAGUUUGAGUAUAUGAUGAUGAAUUUGUAAGAAGAUCUAACUGAUUGAGCAUCUUUACCAUGUGGUAGAAAGUUUACAUAUUUAUUUGUUUGAAACAUCUAAUUGUACAAAGCAUUAACAUUUCUGAUGUAACUUUAGGG